AUGGUGCUCCGGGCAGCCUCGCUCGCGAUCCUUUCCCUUAGGCUGUGGAUCGUCGCAUCUCAGGUGACGGUAACAUUCCGACCCCACUGGGUGCAUGUUCUGCCAGGAAGAGCCACAGAGCAAGCCUUGGUCGUGGAUGUCUUGGCGCCGCAGGUGACGGGCACGCCUCCUCCGCAGGAGCUGGCCCUCUUGUUCGACGUGUCGCUGUCCAUGGCCGAGGGGGGGAAACUCGACCUCGCGAAGGCGGCGGCAGAGAGAAUCAUCCGCUCCUUGAGGGUGGAAGACAGGAUCCACUUGAUUUCCUGCCACAGCUUCGCGCGACUGGAGUUUCAGCAUGGCCACCUUGGCCAGAAGGAGCAGCUUCUACAGAAGCUGCGGCAGCUGUCUGCUAAGACAGAGACCGCAGCCCGACAGAUGGACGGCAGCCUUGUCGACCAGGACAUCAGCAACAUCAGCGAUGGCCUUCGACUUGCGGAGCACAUCCUGGUGGGCCCCCUGGCAACGCCGCGCGUUAACACCAGCAGGAGGGCGAUACUUUUCUCGGAUGGCCUCUUCACCGGGCCAUCUUCGCGAGAUGAUGCGCUCUUCGACGCCAUCGCUGGGGCAAAGGUUGCCGGAUUCUCCACCUCCGUCGUGGGCCUCGGCACCGGAAGGGCGAUGGACCGGUGGCUGCUCGAACAGGCUGCCAAGGUCUAUUGUCCUGUCAUUGGUUGCCAGUGCAGUGACCCCUCCCGUAGCCCAGGAUGGGCCAGUGAUGCCACCAUGCGCUCGCACAUCGACUCCCAUUUGGCUGGAACGCUUGCUGGGGAAGUGGAUGGCCUGCCUUUGCCCGCGUUGGAGGAGAUACAGUCCGCCCGGACGCCCACUCUUCGGCAUGUGCCCACAGCGGCUCGACACACCUGGGCUCAGGUCUUGACUCGUGCCUUAGCUGCUGUGGCCCAUCACAAUGAUGAAAGGGCAGCUGCUGCGUUCACUCUGGACCGCUUGCAGCGCUGGCAAGAGGGGGAGCACAUGGCCCUCUGGCACACUCGCCCGGUGCACCAGCGCCGCACGGGCACUCCCCCCACCCCUGAAGAGAGACGGGACAUGGCUGUAGCUUUCGGGCGUGAAGGUUUCGACAGAAAAGCGUGCGCUGCUCUCAUGUCCCCGGGGCUUUGCCCGCCCAAUGCUGAGACCGUGCGCUCGCUGGAAGCUCUUCACCCUCAAGGGCCACCUCCUUCGGAGCGGCUUCUCCAGGACCUGCCACUUCCUCCUGACAUUGCCCCCGAGCUGGUUGCGAGGUCAUUGCGAGCUUUUCCUGCUGAAACGGCGCCAGGCCCCACCGGGCUGCGCGUCCAGCACUUGCGCGAGGCCUGCCUUGCGGGCGCUGCCGACAACCUGCUCGCGCAACUGGCCGCCGUGGUGCAGCUCUUGGCGCAGGGUCGGGCCCCUGCCUUUGUGGCUCCUGUUCUUGCUGGCGCAGGUCUGGUUGCUCUUCCCAAACCUUCUGGAGGGGUGCGCCCAAUAGCUGUGGGUGAGUUGCUGAGACGUCUCACAGGGAAAUGCCUCAUGGCAUUGGUGCAGGAUGAUGCUAGGACCCACUUUUGGCCGGCGCAGGUUGGUGUGGCCGUGAAGGGCGGUGCUGAGAAAGCCAUUCACACUGUGCGCGCCUGGGCCAAGCGUCACGCCGGCUCCUCCAGCAAGGUUUUGGUAAAGCUUGACUUCAGCAACGCUUUCAACAGUGUAAGCCAGGAGGCUGUCCUUCACCAAACCACUGCCAACUUCCCCGCCAUGGCCAGAUGGGCUGUCUGGUGCUACCGGCAGCCUACGCGAUCCCUUGGGCCCCUUGCUGUUCUCUGCUGCUCGCAGCCGGUGGCUUCGGAGCUGCGCGCCUGCCCCCUGGACAUUGCUGUUCAUUUUCUGGACGAUGGUAUCUUGGCUGGGGAUAUUCCCGCGGUGGGGGCUGCCUUGCUACAAGUUCAGCGCCGCGCUGCGGAGAUCGGGCUUGCGCUGAACCUUGCCAAAUGCGAGGUUGUGGUCUGCGGGCCAGUGCCGGCUGCUGCUUUGAGCGCCAACUUCCCGUCUGCUAUGUUGCGAAAACACGACGGCGCCAGCAAGGUCCUCGACAAUUUCGAGUUCCUUGGAGCGGCCAUUGGGAGCGAUUCCUUCGUGAAUGACCACACUGGACAGCGUGCCGCCAAAGCUGCUGAGCUUUUAAACGCCUUGGCUGACUUGGACGACCCCCAAGCGGGGUUAGGCUAUGCGCGAGCGGGGCUGGGACUCCGCCGCACUGUCGGGCACGCUCCCGCCGCCUACUUGGCCUCUUUAGGGAAGAGCUUGUCUGCUUGUGUUGAGCUGGACCCAUCCUUCUCCGGCAACGACCUGCUCAACGACCCCGAUGUGGUCCAGGCGCUCAACGCCCUCAAUGCCCAGCUCCCGGGUCAUCGAGCCCUUACCUUGGAAGCUGUCACGGGCAGCAGCCAGCGAGACCUAUCGCAGCACAUUGACUCGGCGGAGUGGGAUGCCACUGUUAGCUGCUGA